AUGGCUCUCCCAAUUGAAGCAGUAAAGGAUAUCAAUGAGUCAAAUGAUUUAUGGAAGAUUGCUGUUAGGUGUAAACAUUUGUGGAUUGUGACGGGUGCUUCGAAAAAGGAACACAUUGAGAUAAUUUUGGUUGAUUCUAAGUUAGAUGUGAUUCAAGUCAUUGUGCCACCCUUCUUGGUUUCAAAAUUCAAGGAACAUCUCGCGGCUGGAUGUUCAUACAUAAUGCAAAAUUUCAAAGUGUCAAACAAUGAUUUCUCUUUUAAGUCCACUACUCAUAGUUUCAAGUUGGUGUUCUAUGGGUCAACUUCUGUUAAGAAUGCAAAACUCCCUGAUAUUCCUAUGGAUUACCUGAACAUUCUUCAUUUGGAUGCCAUUGUUGAAGGAAAAUUCCAGUAUAAUGUUUUGGUUGAUAUUCUUGGAGGAGUGAUCGAGAUUUCUCAAACCCAAAUCAAUAAUGAUAACAACAAGAGCAAAGUUGUGUUUUCAAUUAUUGAUAAUAGAUCUGAAGUACAAUGUACUCUUUGGGGUCAGCUUGCCAUACCGUUUCACGAUUAUUAUAAAAGUCAUAAGGAAGAUGGUAAUAUAGUUGUUUUGCUGAUUAAUGCCAGGAUAAAGGAGGCUCAAGGAGGGUUUCCUUUGAACAUCUCCAACGCUUGGAAUGACACAAAGUGGCUGAUUAAUAAUUUUACCCUUGAUGAAUCUGAAUUGCCAUUAUUAUCUUCAUCAAGUCUUCAAGUGGACAUAACACAAAACUCAUAUUAUUCCGAGUUCGAUAAGUUUCUAUGGAAGGCAGAAAUUUUAAGUCUUGCUGAAAUAACAAUUCUGCAACACGAGACUACAUGUGUUACUGUUGCAACUUUGGAUAAAUUUGAGGCUGGACAGCCAGGCUGGUAUUAUGAUGGAUGUGUUGGUUGCACAAAAAGUGUGUCAUUGCAGGAUGGAAAGCUGGUAUGUUAUUCCAAACACAUUAGUCCAGAGCCUGUACCAAGGCCAUAUUCAUUUUUUUGGGACGGAGAUUGCGUCAAGUUGAUUGGGAAGUCCGCUCUUCAAAUUAAAAAUGAAUUGAUAAAGGCCGGUGAAGAUGAUCCUCUUGAAUUCCCUUAUGCACUUGAUGCAAUUCUAAAGCAAGAAUUGGCUAUUAGGGUUGUUUUUCAGCCUAACAAAGGCCAACUUUCUGUCAUUAGUUGCAAAAUGAUGAAGAUUUUCCUUACUUCAAAGCUUCUACCAACGGAGCCUUCGUCCCAAGAUGAAUCAAUAUCCUUUACUGAACCUUUAUCUGCAUCUAUCGAUUAUGACCCUGCUGUUGGAAAUUCAAGCCCGACUCCAUCAAAAAGGACUUUACCUGAUGUUGUUGAAGAUAUUGAGAGUGUCCAACUUUCCUCAACAAAGUUAAUUAAGGAUAUAAAGAAGGAGAAGUAG